CACAAACCGCAUCGCAUUUCCAUCAUGGCCGACGAUGGGUUGAUGCUCAAUUUUGAGCUGCCGAGCGAUGCGUUUAGUGCGCCCAGAACAAAAGUGAAAGGCGGAAGCUGGAAGGACCGUCUGACCGCAAGGAAGUCGGCCGAAUAUGGACGCAAAAAAGCACAGGAACGAGCCUCUCAAGCCGACGAUGCGAGUGCCAACCCCUCGAAAGUUAUUCCUCAAGACGAUAACAAAGACCGCUUUGCCGAACGACCAGCAAAACGAGCUCGCGUUGGCCAUGAUGUCUUGCCGAAAACCAAGGACGGCCAAGUUAUCUCCUCGCUUUUCUCCUUCAACAAAUCGGCUACCGCGCCACGCGAAGCAAAGCCAGAAAUUCAAGACGAAGAAGUGCAAGCGAGUAAUGCACCUCUUGCCAACGAUGAGACGGCCAAGUUCACCUCUCUUGGACUAUCAUCCACACUGGCCUCUCACCUGCUCAACAAGCUGAAGAUCACUGCUCCCACCGCUAUUCAACGAAAGGCAGUAGCACAACUGGUCUCCGAGAACACUGACGCGUUCAUACAAGCACAAACUGGUUCUGGAAAGACGCUGGCAUACCUCCUUCCGAUCAUCGAGCGAAUAUCACUUAUCUCGAAACGCAUGAAGGACGAAGGAGGCAAAUUCGAUCGACAUAGCGGGCUAUUUGCCAUCGUACUGGCUCCUACACGCGAACUUGCUCGACAAAUAGCAAGCGUGCUUGACUCACUCCUGUCAUGUUACCACUGGAUUGUUGGCGGGACUGUUGUGGGUGGUGAGAACAAGAAGAGUGAGAAGUCCCGCGUCAGAAAGGGUCUGAACAUCCUUGUCGCCACGCCAGGACGUAUGGCCGAUCAUUUGGAGCAUACAGAAGCAUUAGAUUUGUCAAUGGUGCGAUGGUUAGUGCUCGAUGAAGGCGAUCGUCUCAUGGAGUUGGGCUUCGAGCAAGAUAUCCAGAAGAUUGUCAGUGUGCUGAAUCUACGCUCGAGGAAGCGAGUAGAACAACCGCCGCCAGGCUUACCGGAGAAGCGAACGACAGUACUCUGCUCGGCCACGAUCAAAUCCAACGUAGAACAGCUACGCGCUAUCUCGCUGAAAGAUCCUGUCUCGAUAGCUGUGGACAAUGGUUCGACGGCACAGGCAGAAGGCGAGACCGAGGAGAACAACUUCUCUGCACCAGCACAGCUGAAGCAGAGUUAUGCCGUCGUUCCACCAAAACAAAGACUCGUCACACUGGUUGCAACCCUCAAACAACAAUUCAAACGCAAAGGCAGCGUAAUGAAGUGCAUAGUCUUCAUGAGCUGCGCAGACAGCGUAGACUUUCACUUCGAGCUCCUCACACGGGGCGACAAAACAGCAUCCACAGCAGAGGAACAGCCCAGUAUAGCAAAACAACACAACCCCGGCAAACACAGCACCUCCACAGCCGACAAAAACAAAAUCGCCCAAGGCACCACAAUCGCAGAAACCCGUACCCAAGGCACCUCCACCUCAAUUUCUAGCCGCGACUCCGGAGAAAUCAAAAUCUACCGCCUCCACGGCUCCCUCCAACAAGCAACCCGAACCAGCACCCUCAAAGCCUUCUCCACAACCGAAGACCCGGCCGUCCUCGUCUGCACCGACGUCGCAGCCCGCGGUCUCGAUCUCCCCAACGUCGACCUCGUAAUCGAAUACGACCCCCCCUUCAGCAAAGACGACCACCUCCACCGCAUAGGCCGCACAGCCCGCGCAGGCCGCGACGGCCGAGCCAUGAUAUUCCUCCAACCAGGCUGCGAAGAAGGGUAUAUCGAAAUUUUGAAAGAAUCCAAACCGAAAAAUCUCACUCGCCACGAUGCGGAAGAAUUACUGCGCAAGGGCUUCUCGCCUACGAGUGGAGUCGUACAAGGCCGGGAAUGGGAACAAAUCGCAACGGAUUUUCAAUUGGAUAUUGAGAGAUGGGCGCUUGAGAAUCCGAAACAUUUGGAACAGGCGAGGAGAGCUUUUCAAUCGCAUGUGAGAGCUUAUGCGACGCAUGUUUCUGCUGAGCGAGGGAUUUUUAAUAUGCAGGAAUUACAUUUGGGGCAUUUGGCGAAGGCUUUUGCGUUGAGGGAUAAGCCGGGUGCGAUUAGAGUUCCUGGUGCGAGACCGGGGGCUGGGAAGGAUAAGAAGGGGAAGGCGCAGGCGAUUGCGAAUGCUGCUGCGAAGAAUGGUGGGAAGGGUGAUGGGAAGCGGUCGGCGGGUGCGUUGGAUGAUGUUACGGAGGUCGCGGAUGCGGAGGCUGCGAAGAGGAAAAUGCAGCAGAUGUCGAGGAAGAUGGGCGGUGCGAGUGAGUUUAAUUUGGGAUGAGAGAGUGGAAGAGAUAGAUGAGGGAA